CGCUUUUACUUCAUUCCUACAUCUCUAUUAGCUUUACCAAGUAGAAGGAAAAGAUUGCUUGACUAUAAAUCUAGUCGAUGAUAUCCGCUGAUAAGACACUUCUGCACUAGUAGUGGACAUUGUAAGUGUUGUAAGUAUAGCAUAGCUACAAUCGGAUAACGUGUACUAGAACUCCAUUAUACCGAAAUCCUUUGACCCUAAUACACGCCUAUUCGCUUCAACACAAAAUGUCACUCUACGAUAGUCAGAGCUAUGCCGCAGACGGCCAGGAGUGUCUGCGCAAACUGAAAGAGUGUUCCGUGAUCUACAAAAUCACCAUCAAUAAGAUGCAGAUUGAAGGUGCCAGUAAAAACCUCUCGUUGCGUCGCUUCUCACUUCUCAAAGACACAGCCAUGGAGACUGGAAAGAAGUAUCGCGAAUACUCUCUUGCCCUGGAGAAACGCAGACAGGCCGAGCAAGCACUAAGUCGAUCUAAUAGUGUGGAUUCGGCAUUCACCGAUUCAUCCGAAAAUCUGUCCAAUAUGAUCAACCAGACUGGUAUGAGCAGUAGUGCGUGUGAUGAUGCGACUCAAUUCCAGUUUGAGAGUGACUCGGAUGAGGAGGAGGAGGAGUUCCACGGUGUCAACAAUGACUUCUUGCAUGAGACAGAGGGACUGUACACAUCCGAGGACGUGGAGAGUGAUGAUGACGAGGGCAUUGCGAGUGACGACGAUGAGGACGAUGGGUAUGUGGAAGCAUACGAACACUGUGGUGGUUUUUCCAAAGUCAACCUCGAGAAGACCUCAAGUGUACUCAACUUGAGAGAUGCUAAAGACGAGAUCUGUGAUCUCGCAGGACAAGUUUCCUUCAGUGCAGAGGCCAAGUCCACGCUUGCUUAAAGCGAAUUGUGCAAAGUAAGCAGCAUGAGCAGGGUGUGGUGUGUAUAAAGGACUUCAUAUUGACUAUGAACUGUCACACACAAAUAGAAACACUGUGACAAUACCAAAAUAAGACGAAAGAUACAAUGCACUAUAUGUAAAGCUUGUUUCAGGCUAAAAAAUAGGUUCAAAAACAGACAUAGACGGUUGGACUUGCGCAACAUUCAAUAGAAAGGUAAAUUGAUUUGGCUUCUCUACUACAACCGAAACUGCAUUUCGGAUUCUUCUGUGUGACAGAUGGUGCUGUACGCCGUGCAAACAUAAGCAAUGCAGUAGAGUCAUCAUUGUCCCGAGAGUCUGAAGUACUUUGUAAGUAUGAAAGUCCGCGACAUGUCCAACGGAGAUACAUGAAGAGUCUGAACACUCUAUGAACUGUAAAAAAGCGUGCGCUGAUAUUUUGCACACGCUAGCAAAAGUGCCAAUAAAGAACAAAUGUAAACAACUGUCACUUGUUUCUUCUUCGUUUGAACGUACGAUAAGACGUUUCGUAUCGAAAAGUUGGUGUAUACUUGCAGCAUCGCUUUCAGUACAGCGGAUGCGUUAAGUACUCGAGCGUCUAACCCAAAACAGAGUGUGUUGUUUUCGCGACGGCCCUGAAUAGUUUUCGAUAUAAAUAUAUCUAAACAUCAUACUACAAAGUAAAAAGAACACACUACAACGCAAC